UUUCACCUAGACGGUGCUUUCUGUAGCCCUUGUAAAUACAGUGUCUGUUCCGGGGGGCUGGUUUGUGCAAUACACCGUUGUUAAUUAAAGAUUAUUAACGCCCAGCGUACUAGGAAGUUAAAAAAAAAAUUGCCAGCAAAUGAACAGUUCCUUAUUCUGUGAAGUGGGUGAUGGUACUGAAGUUGGAGACGGACUUCAGUACACUUAAGGAAGUCGGAUUGCGAUUGCAUUAAGAUUUUACGUGGAUCACCACCGGCGAAUUAUAGUCGUCCUCCUAACUGAAAAAUAUGGGCUGUAGAAAAUCCAAGCUGACUGGUGACGAAGCCCGGGGUGCACACGAUCUAAAGAAAACCCAACCAGUACGUACUGACCAAAAUAGAUAUGCGAGAGAUCCCACCACCAGUAAACCACAUGCCAUAAAUGUUUCAGCUCAAAGUGGACUUCUGCCUGGCCAAGUGUUCCAAACAUUGGAAGAGCAAAGAGAAUCUGGCAAAAUAGUGAUCGCACUGUACCCAUAUGAAGCAAAACAUGCAGAGGAUUUGGGGUUUAAGAAGGGAGAACGCCUUAAAAUUCUUCAAGAGAAAGGAGAAUGGUGGAGGGCAAAGUCUCUUGUAACGAAGAAAGAAGGCCUUAUUCCCUGUAAUUAUGUAGCUGAAGCAAACACAAUUGAGACUGAGGAAUGGUUCUUUAAAGCCAUUACCAGAAAAGAUGCUGAGCGGCAACUGCUGGCCCCAGCUAACAAACCAGGAUCUUUCCUUAUUCGAGAGAGUGAAACAUCAAAAGGAAGUUACUCACUUUCAAUCAGAGAUGUAGAUGUCCAGGGUGCAGAUGCUGUCAAGCACUACAAAAUUCGCGCAAUGGACAAUGGUGGUUUCUAUGUAUCUCCCAAAAUCACCUUCUCUGACUUACACAGCAUGAUAAAGCAUUACCAAAAGCAAGCAGAUGGACUUUGUCGGAAGCUGGACAAGCCAUGUGUGAAGCCGAAAGCGCAGAUGCCAUGGGACAAAGACGCGUGGGAGAUCUCCAAAGAGUGCCUAAGGAUGGUGAAAAAGCUUGGAGCUGGACAAUUUGGUGAAGUGUGGAUGGCCACCUACAACGGCAGCACCAAUGUGGCGGUGAAGACCCUGAAACCUGGGACCAUGUCUGUGGAGGCCUUCCUGGAGGAAGCCAACCUGAUGAAAACUCUCCAGCACAACAGAUUGGUGCGACUUUAUGCUGUGGUCACUAAAUCUGAGCCCAUCUACAUCAUCACCGAGUUCAUGGCCAACGGUAGCUUGCUUGAUUUCUUAAAAAGUGAUUCAGGUCGAAAAGUACUACUGCCCAAGCUGAUAGACUUUUCAGCCCAGAUUGCGGAGGGGAUGGCUUACAUUGAAAAGAAGAAUUACAUUCACAGAGAUCUCAGAGCUGCAAAUGUCCUUGUGUCUGAGAGCCUGUUGUGCAAGAUUGCUGAUUUUGGCCUUGCGAGAGUAAUUGAAGAUGACCAGUAUACAGCUAGAGAAGGGGCCAAGUUUCCAAUAAAGUGGACAGCACCUGAGGCUAUCAACUAUGGGUCAUUCACGAUUAAAUCAGACAUGUGGUCAUUUGGAAUUCUUCUAUAUGAAAUGGUCACGUAUGGAAAAAUACCUUACCCAGGGAUGAGUAAUGCAGAUGUAAUGACUGCUAUCCAGCGAGGUUAUCGGAUGUCAUGUCCCGAAAACUGUCCAAAAGAGCUCUACGAAAUCAUGACAGUGUGCUGGAAGGACAAGCCGGAAGACAGGCCUACAUUUGACUACAUGCAGAGUGUGCUAGAUGACUUCUACACAGCCACAGAGGGCCAGUACCAACAACAGCCAUAAAGUGGCAGUUGACAAGUGGAUGUGCAGCAUCAUUUGUUCAAGACUUCAUUUCUGCAAUGGACAGAGCAAGCUUAUGGAAAUGAUUCUGCAUCAAUCAGUGGAGAGAAAAAGAACUCAUCUGCUUUGACAUAUUUUUACUUUGUGGCUUAUUUUUCUGCCAGUGUGUGAGUGAAGUCUCCUAUACUGAUCAUUGAGAUCACCACCCUGGGAGUCACUGACAUUGCCAGGGUGGAAUUUCUAAUAUUUUCAACUUUUGUGAGCACAGUGACUGCCAACCAGCCUCAGGGGAAACAGCACCACAAACCAAUGCCAGGAAUCCAAGCACAAGAAGCAUUUCAGAUAUAAGGAAUGCAGAUGACUGUGGUGCUUCAUAAUUUAACAUGACUAUGAAAUGGACAUAUGAAAGUUAUUUGACAGCACUAGUCAUCUGGGAAUGGUUUAUUCCCCUUCAUGAACUGAAUUAAGAAUUGUUUGGAAUUGUCUGAUAAUUAGUGGUUACUGUUUUAACCUAUUCUUUACUUGGUAAUCCCUCAAUAUUCAUACAACAACCACCAUUGUUGUGGUUAGUUGUCAGAAAUCAAAAACCCCUCAGGACACAGCAAGCUUAGUAUGCUUAACACAAGGUCAUUCCACUAAACAGAUUUGGGGAAACAUGCAUAUUCGUCCUUGGUCACCUGGGGAUGGUUCAUUCUCCUUCAAGAAUUGAAUCAAGUAUUCAGAAUUGUUUGAUAAUUAGUGGUUACCCAUUGACUACGCUAGUAAUUGAAAUGUGUGUUUAGUCAACUGUGACAUUUUUAUACUGGUUCGGGUUACUCAUUCUGAAUAAUCAUAUUUAUUAGGCCUGCAUUAUAUACAUGUUUAUGAAACUAUUUUUUUUUGUUACAUAAAACUAUAAUCUGUACUAAAUGUAAUUUGACUAGAACAAUGCCUUUGAGCUCUGUGCAAUAUACCCGUUCAGAAUAGGGCAUUCAGAAUAAAAAUGCUUCAAUAUUUUCCUUUUCCGUUUGCAGCACACUCCAUAAGAACACUGAAAUCUUUAGAUUGUUCUUGACCACAAUGAAAUUACUGUAUCAUUCCAAUUUAGCAGUAUGUCGAAGAAUAAGGUUUUACUCUAGCCAAUAAUCUAUGAUACUCCACUUGCACCCCAUCCCCCGCUCCCCAAUUUAAUUACGCAACUUA